AUCAAUCCAGCAACAACAAUCAAGGAACAUGGCAGGGCGAGUCCUUCUGGCGCUGUUAGCCUCCGUCUUGGCUGUGGCUUCGGCUAGCCCGUCUUACUGCACUCCCAAGAUCGAAUUCUACACAGAGACUGAGACGCAGAUCCAGCAGGUGCCGGUGUAUUCCACGGUGUACGAGACCCGCAAGGUCCCCUCGACCAGCUACCGCAUCCAGUACGAGACCAAGUACGAGACCUCCUACGUGCCCCAAAUUCAGACCACUUACGUCACUAUGACAGUCACAAAGAAGGUCCCCGACUUCCGCACCACCGUCGACACCCAACUGCAGACCCGCCUCAAGACCGUGUUCUACACCGAGACCAAGCGGGUGCCCACCUACGUCACCGAGACCCAAUACCAGACCAGCUACAUGACCACAACCAAGUACCAGACCGUGUACCAGACCAAGAACGUGCCCCAGCAGGUGACCAACACUCAGGUCCAGGUAGUGAGCACCUACGUCACACAGACUGUUCCGGAGUACCACACUACCUACGUGACUCAGAGGUCCUACCAGACUGUGUGUCACGAAGGAGGUCAGUCAUACGGGAAGUAGAGAGCGCUCGAGUCAGUCUUCGAGGAGGCCGAGAAGGAGGGCGGAGUUAACGUUAAGAACAAAAUAACAAUAAAAAAACAAAAGACCUAGGAAGUGCGCAAAUAAAACAACUUUUGAAAACUUCCUCAUACUUAUGUGAAUCUCCCGUGAGGCGAUUCCGGAUCUGUGAUGAUUCUCAAAA